GACGCUCUCGCCUGGCGCUGUCGGAGCCGUGCACCCCGUGGGGACAAGAGGUACCGCCCAGGAGCCAAGCUGCCAUGGGAAGCUGUGGCACGUGGGCAUGGCAGGAGCUGCUGGUGCUGCUGAGUAGCCUCCUGUGGCUGUGGGCGGACAGUGCCCAGCCCACCCCACCAGGCCCCACACCCAACCCAGGACCCCAGCUAAAGUUUCGCCUGGCCGGUUACCCGCGCAAGCACAACGAGGGCCGUGUGGAGGUCUUCUACAAUGACGAGUGGGGCACCAUCUGCGAUGACGACUUCACGCUGGCCAACGCGCACGUGCUCUGCCGGCACCUCGGCUUCGUGGCUGCCGCGGGCUGGGCCCACAGCGCCAAGUAUGGCAAAGGCGUGGGACGGAUCUGGCUGGACAAUGUGAAUUGUGCUGGAGGAGAGAAGAGCAUUGGGGACUGCAAACACCGGGGCUGGGGGAACAGUGACUGCAGUCACGAGGAAGAUGCAGGUGUCGUCUGCAAGGAUGAGCGCAUCCCAGGCUUCAAGGACUCCAAUGUCAUCGAGAGCGAGCAGAGCCAUGUGGAGGAGGUGCGCCUGCGGCCGGUGGUGUCCGGGGCCCGGCGGCAGCUGCCAGUGUCAGAGGGCAUUGUGGAGGUGCGCUACAAGGAUGGCUGGGCACAGAUCUGCGAUGAGGGCUGGGACAGCCGGAACAGCCACGUGGUCUGUGGCAUGAUGGGCUUCCCUGCUGAAAAGAAGGUCAACAGGAACUUCUACAAGCUGGUCUCCAAGUCUCAGCCUAAACAAAAGCACAGGGAGGACGUAGGGCCCAGGAAGAGGCUGUUCUCAGAGCGGCAGCAGCUCAACUACCGCCUGCACUCAGUGUCCUGCACGGGUACUGAGGUGCACCUCUCCAUGUGUGCCUUUGAGUUCUACCGGGGCAAUGCCUCGGCUGCCUGCAGGGCUGGCAUGCCCGCCGUCGUCAGCUGUGUGCCUGGGCCUCUCUUCACCACUGCCAAUGGCCACAAGAAGAAACAGCGCCAGCAGCAGCAGGGUCAGCAGCGAAUCCGGCUGAAGGGUGGUGCCAAGGUUGGUGAGGGCCGCGUGGAGGUGCUCAAGAGCAGCGAGUGGGGCACCAUCUGUGAUGACCGCUGGAACCUGCUGUCGGCCAGCGUGGUGUGCCGGGAGCUGGGCUUUGGCAGUGCCAAGGAGGCCCUCACUGGGGCACGCAUGGGCCAAGGGACGGGACCCAUCCACAUGAAUGAAGUGCAGUGCCUGGGCACCGAGAAGUCCCUCUGGAGCUGUCCCUUCAAGAACAUCACACAGGAGGACUGCAAGCACACAGAGGAUGCAGCUGUUCGCUGCAACAUCCCCUACAUGGGCUAUGAGACCCUGAUUCGGCUGAGUGGGGGCCGGAGCCGCUUCGAGGGGCGGGUCGAGGUGGCGCUGGGGGCUGGUGAUGGGGACCAGCCCCACUGGGGCCUGGUCUGCGGUGAAGGCUGGGGUACACUCGAGGCGAUGGUGGCCUGUCGCCAGCUGGGUCUGGGAUUCGCUAACCACGGCUUACAAGAGACGUGGUACUGGGAUGCCAGUAACGUGACGGAGAUGGUGCUGAGUGGGGUGAAGUGUGCCGGCCAUGAGAUGUCCCUGAGUCACUGCCAGCACCAUGGCACCAGCCUGAACUGCAGGAACACGGGCACACGCUUUGCUGCUGGUGUCAUCUGCUCUGAGACUGCCUCCGACCUGCUGCUGCACGCCCCGCUGGUGCAGGAGACGGCGUACAUCGAGGACCGGCCCCUGCACAUGCUGUACUGUGCCGCCGAGGAGAACUGCCUCGCCAGCUCGGCACGCCUGGCCAACUGGCCCUACGGGCACCGCCGCCUGCUGCGCUUCUCCUCCCAGAUCCACAACAACGGCCGCGCCGACUUCCGCCCCAAGGCUGGCCGCCACUCCUGGGUCUGGCACGAGUGCCACCGGCACUACCACAGCAUGGACAUUUUCACCCACUAUGACAUCCUGACCCCCAACGGCACCAAGGUGGCAGAGGGACACAAGGCCAGCUUCUGCCUUGAGGACACCGAGUGUGAGGAAGGCGUGGCCAAGCGGUACGAGUGUGCCAACUUUGGGGAGCAGGGCAUCACUGUGGGCUGCUGGGACCUGUACCGGCAUGACAUCGACUGCCAGUGGAUCGACAUUACUGAUGUCAAGCCAGGCAACUACAUCCUGCAGGUCGUGAUCAACCCCAACUUCGAGGUGGCAGAGAGUGACUUCACCAACAAUGCCAUGAAAUGCAACUGCAAGUACGACGGGCAUCGCAUCUGGGUGCACAGCUGCCACAUUGGCGAUGCGCUCAGUGAGGAGGCCAACAGGCGGUUUGAGCAGUACCCAGGUCAGCUCAACAACCAGAUUUCGUAGGGCAUCUCCCUACCUCACCCUGCACAGGUAGAAGAAGCUGCUGGGGGCCAAUGAGGAGGCCUCAUGCAUGGCACUGCUGGUGCCAUACUCUGCUGGGCACUGCCCAGGACUCGCUGUCACCAGCUGCUCUUCCCACUUUGGGAGAUGGUGUUGAAGGCACUACACAGCAGCACCUCCCAGCCUGGGGUAAGCAUCCCAACCACUGGCCAGAAUCUGUGCCCAUGUCCCCUGGGCUAUGUUUGUGGGUAUGGUCUGGGAGGUCCUGUACCCUCACUGUCUCCCUCUGGUCUCAGUCCCUGCCAUCCUAGCUACACUCCACCUCCCAUUCUGCCCUGGUUCCUCUCACCCCCACAACCUUCCUCAGGGCCCAGCACCCAGCACCCACACAGGAAAUCACAGCCUUGCUCAGCCCUGGCUGUGCCCAUAGAUCCCCUUGUCCCCAGGGGCUGGUGUGGCUGCCCCUGCCCUGGCAGCACUGCCUCCAGACUGCCUCCAUCUGCCUGGCAGUGGCCCCCACACCCAUCUCUUAGUUAUAAUUUUAUUUUCUCUAUAAAGUUGCCAGUUCUA